CUCCGGUGAAGGGAAGCCCAGCUGUGUAGGCUGCCUGAGCCUCUGAGGAUGGAUGAGAAGGAGGAGGACGAUGAUGAGGAAGCCUGGCUGCAGCUUCGGCCUGUGGAGCCCUUGCCCUCCCAGUGCUGCGGCAGUGGCUGCUCACCCUGUGUGUUCGACCUCUAUGACCGAGACCUGGCGAGGUGGGAGGCAGCCCGAGCCAGCAAGGACAGAAGCCUGCUAAGAGGGAAGGAAUCACUGAACUUCCCCUCCAAACUGAGCCCAGAGACGUUCCUGGCCUUCCGCAUCAGUGCCAUGGACAAGCUCACUCAGGACACCUACUGUGUGCGGUUUGCACUCCCCGGGAGCGGCCAGCUCGGCUUGCGGCCCGGCCAGCACCUCAUCCUACGAGGGACAGUAGAUGGCUUAGAAAUCCAGAGAGCCUACACACCCAUCAGCCCUGUCAAUGCAGAAGGCUACUUUGAAGUUUUAAUCAAGUGCUACCAGACUGGGCUGAUGUCCCGGUAUGUCGAGUCCUUGAGAGCAGGAGACACGGCUUUCUGGCGAGGACCUUUCGGAAACUUCUUCUAUAAACCAAACCAGUACGGUGAGCUGCUCAUGCUGGCUUCAGGCACCGGCCUGGCCCCCAUGGUGCCCCUCCUGCACAGCAUCACGGACAAUGCGGAGGAUGAGACCUUUGUCACCCUGGUCGGCUGCUUCAAGACCUUUGAGGGCAUCUACCUGAAAACCUUCCUGCAAGAGCAGGCGCGCUUCUGGAACGUCCGCACCUUCUUUGUUCUCAGCCAGGAGAACUCCCCGGAGCAGCUUCCUUGGAGUUACCGGGAGAAGACCCGCUUUGGCCGCCUGGGCCAGGACCUGAUUGACGAGCUGGUUGGCUCCUGCCGGAGGAAGCCGUUUGCGUUGGUCUGUGGCUCGGCCGAGUUUACCGAGGACAUGGCCAAGGGCCUGCUGCGUGCGGGCCUGGCCGAGGACUCCUACUUCCUCUUCUAGGCCUGGCCUCCCUGAAGCCCAGGCCAGGGGCCGGCCAGUGAGACCCCGGGAGGAGCACAGACUGGGACCAGAAAACGCAGCAGAAGACCACAGCUGACUCGCCCCGUGAUGGCGGCGGCUGGCUGUACCUCCACGCACCUGUUUCUCAUCUGCUACCUCCCUCAGCAGGCAUCCUGCAGUGGGGAGUGGUGGUGGGGGCGGUGGAGGUGGCAGGAGCCUGGGGAGGAGGAACCAGCUGGGAGUCAGGAAGGACUUCCUGGAGUCCUGGUCCAAGCUGAGCCCCAGGAGGAGGAGGGGUUGGUAGGAGAAGGGGCCAGAAGAGCCCCCCCGGUUCCUUAGGUUAGGGGCUUGUGCCGUUAGACCAUGCCCUGUGCUUCCCCCGGGUGGCCUCAGGGCUGGCUCAGUGACUGUCCGUUAAGCACAGGGAAUGACCACGGGCACUGAGAGCUCUUUGGAGGAGGAACUUACCUUCUGUACCUCCAGUGCCAGGAGCCUGACACAAGGAAGGUUUUGGGUUCUGUGACCUGACCCCAUUCCCCGAGUGAGGGGGGGCUUUGCGUUACCUUUGUUUUGUAUUGGCCCUGGGCCUUUCCUGCUGCGAGGGCUUCGCUCAGUCCCCCUUCCCUAGAGCCCAGCCCUGAGUCCUUUUUCCAGGAAAAGAGCCACAGACACAAAUGCCCCUCCUCCUGCAGGCAGCCAGCUCAGCCCUCCCUUCAGCUCUGGUGCCCUGGCGACGGUUGCUAUGGAGAUCUAAAGAUAGAGCAGGAGUCAGGAGACCUGGGUCCUUCUCCCUGCUCUGCCCACUGAGUGGAUGCUGAUUCUGAUCCACCCACCCCUCCCGUCCACCCCCGCCCCCUCCAUCCUGGUGGGGCGUGCCCUCCCCGGGGAAGCGGGCGCCCCUGGGCAGCGCACUGCAGUUAAUGAAUUCUGCCUUUCGCAGCCGGGCUCCACUGCGCUGCACCAGCUCAGGCUGGCUACAGGCCGCCCCAGAACCAGAACGUUAAGUCACGGCACCGCAGGAAGAGAGAACCAUAGAAUCAUCUAGUCAGAACUUUACAGGCAGAAUCCCAGCCCUCCUCAUGCCAGAGGUUAAAGUUCAGGACUCCACAGAGCAUCUAGUCGCCAGGCUCAUUGUGUCGAUGGGGAAACUGAGGACCAAUGAGGCUGAGUGACCAGAGCAAGGAAAACCGUUCACGGCGGGGCCAACACCAGAAGCCAGGUCUCCAAAUGGCAGCCUGUGCUCAGUGGUUUUCAAACUGGGCUCCGCGGGACACAGGGGAUCCUGGUGUGGCAGCAGUGACGGGAUGGCCAGACGGGGUCUCCAGGCCCCCCUUCAGCCAGAGCAGCCUUAUUUUUAUUCAAUUUAUGUUUUGGGGCUGGGAUUAAUUUUCACUUGUGAAAAAAGGGCUUCCUUGCACCAACCACCCCAAAAGUUGCAACAAAUCUGUGUGCUGUGACAAGUUCAGUAAAUAAUCAUGACAAGCAGUUGGGGAUGUUGCCAAGGGUUUCAAAGGCACAAUUCCGUGGUCAGAUGUGUGGGGGAUACCGACUGUGCCCUUCACCGAGAAUCCCAUGCCCACGAGGACAGUAAAGGCUCUGAGAGUCCAGUGGUGAAGAAGCGUUUUCCCUGUGUUGAACCCAGAGUUCCCCACGGUGUUUCCCUGUGGACCGUUGCUACCCACUAGAGUCUGCGCCUGGCGCUCCGUGGGACAUGCGCUGGGAGAUGCCAGGCUGUCGCAGCCCGCCUUUGAGCUCAGUGCAGUGUGCAGGGAGGCUGCGCCGAGUCAGAGGCCCAGCAGGAACUGUGACCUCCCUGGGCCUCGCCUGUGACUUGGACAAGACAUGUUUCCUCUCUCGGGGCCUCGGAAAUCUGGGCGUCUUCCCCAUGCUUUCCUCUCUCUCAGCACCUCUCACGCUCUCCUCACAGGGACUCCUGGGGUCCGAUUAUGGGCCAGGCUCCGUUGUGGGCACCGAGGGAGCAACAGGGAAAGGCAGGUGAGUUCUGGGAGCUCCUCCCGGAGCUUACAGCCCAAAAGGGGAGCAGGCGAACCUGUCAAGCCAGGGCACGUGUGUUCUGGGCGAGGACGCACGGAGUGCUGCUAGAGUGGACGGCGAGGGAGGGCCAGGGACCCUCUGUGCUGGGUGAGGAGCUCCAAGGGUAAUACCCUCAUUCAUAAGGCUGAUGCGGGUCCCCACUUGAGGGGUGGGGAGUCUGGGGCGGUUCUUGUGUGUCUUUGUCUCCUUUAGAUACUUGACGCGUAGAUAUCACAGGCCACCCAUCAUACCCAGAAGCCCCUCUCGUCCUAUGUCACCCCCCUCUCCCCUUCACUCCACAUGGGUCUGUGCAGCCUGGAUACGGGUGGGGUCUCUCAUCAGGGGACAGUGGUAGGGCCCCAGCCAUGCCCUUGGUGCCAAGACGCCAACAGCUGAUGUUGCCCGGAAACGCGAGCUCAUGCUGGGUGCUGGGCCUCGAAGGGUGCUAGUGAGCCCAGGACGAGGACUGGUUGUGAGAUGUGGGGAUGCACCUCUUUGAAUCGGGCAAGGUUCCCGUCCGCUGGCCACUGCUGCUGUCCCUCCUGACGAUGCCCCCGCCGCAUGUCGUGGGAGGUGUGCUAUCUGGGUGAUGGCAGCAAAAGGGCAACGGCCUCAGUCCAGCCUUCACCGUGCUGUGCGGCACCGCUCAAGCGACCCCUUGUUGGCCUCCCGGCCUCCACCCCCCGCCCCCCGCCCGCGCCCCCGCUGCCCUACCUCUCACACUGCAGCCAGACCAAUCUUUUUGACUGUGGUGAGAACACUUAACAUGAGAUCAGCCCUCGACACACACUUCUACGUGCACAGUGCAUUGUUGUUGACGGCACAGACCCUCAGCGCUCAUCCAGCGCCCUUUUCCUAACACGCAUCUGAGCCCAUCACGCCCUUGCUUAAGAUCCUCCAGCAGCUGCCUGCCACCCUCAGGAUACAGCCUCUCAGCUGUCCACCUCUCCAGACUUCCUUCAUACUGACCCCUGGCCCCCUGGCCCCCAGCUCGUGUGUCCCAACUUGCUCUCUUGCAUCAGCCAUUCCCUUCCCAUCGGCUGCUUCCCCUGCCUGGGCCAUCCUGCCGUCCUCCUGUCGCCACGCGCCUCGGCCUUGUCUUCUAAGGGCUCAACUCAGGGUCACUUCCUCUCGGAAGCCUUUCCUGCCUCUGCCGCUCCAGGCCAGGCUAGUGAGCGGGCUCAUGUGUUCUGUGUUGCACGUCUCAGACUCUUGUUCUCCUGCGAGCACACCGAGGGUCCCCUACCGAGGCCUGUUUGGUGUGUUCCCAGUGUGGGGGGUGCUCCGUGCAUCCUGAAUGUCUCCUGCCUGAAUAAUAAACAGCUAAUACUCGUGGAGUAC